UGCUGCUCUGUACAUAACCUCGCCAAUUGGGUCCCCGAGACCCCUUGUCCCCCGGGGUCGCAUCGCGUCCCUAAGUUCCCAUUGCUACCGCGUACCGACAACCUCGAGUCGGAAUGGCGCGAAGGUGAGUGCAUGUUUAGUCUGCAGUCCAGAUCGCCCAGGCCUCUUGGCGCCGGCCCAUACAGAAUGAUAUCUCGCCGCUCUCCCAUAUUUUCCUUCCCAUGCUUUCUCUUUCGCUCGCGAUGAUUCCCGUCUUCUUCUCCUAGCCAAGCUUUCCAAUCCUACUUGUCUCGAAUCGAAGGGAGCACGCGAUCUGAGAGCGAGACACAAGAUGGCGCAAGCAGGCUCAGUCGAGAUGCGGCAGCCCAAGAGCGACUACGCCGCCGUCAACACGACCAGCUCGUCCGGCAACACCGAGGACGGCACCGAGAACCGUCAUCAUGAGAGCGGGUACGAGCACACCGACGGCGGCACGGGAGAUUCGUCGCUGAGGCGGCUGUUCUCGUUCUGGCAACUGCUAGCCUUCGCAUUGAUCUUCAUGUCGUCAUGGGAGGUUAUGGCCAUGGAUAUGGGCGCGACCUUUUACAACGGGGGGCCGCAGACGCUUGCUUGGGGCAUUGUCCUCGUCGUCGUCGGCGCCAUGGCGCAGGCCCUGUCUAUGGCCGAGCUGGCGGCGAUCCAACCCAUCGCCGGGGCGCAAUACCAUUGGACUCACUUCCUUGCGCCGCAAAACCACCGACGGUUCAUCACGUGGAUGCAAGGCUGGGUGACCUGGUUCGCCUGGGUGUCGGCCCUCGCCGGCUCGGCCGCUUCCGAGGCCAACAUCAUCAUCGGGCUCGUCAGCACCAACUACCCGUCCUACCAGUUUCAGCCGUGGCACAUCACUAUGGUCAUCAUCGCGCAGCUCGUCGCCUGCGGGCUCAUCAACAUGUACGCGUUCCGCACGAUUCCAUGGAUGGAGCUCAUCGCCGGCGUGCUGCACAUCGUUCUGUGGCUCAUCUUCGUCGUCGUGCUCCUGACACUCGUGCCGCGCGCCAGCGCCGACUUUGUCUUUUUCGAGCGCACCGUCAGCUCCGGUUGGACCAACAGCUUCGUGAGCUGGAACAUUGGCAUGCUGGUGCCGGCGUGGGGGUUCAUCGGGUUCGACGGCGUGGUGCACAUGGCGGAGGAGGUUCGGCAGGCGAAGCAGGCGGUGCCGAGGGCGAUGCUGUGGACAAUUGUGCUCAACGGCGUCCUGUCGUACGGCAUCAUCAUGGCCAUCCUGUUCGGCAUGGGCGGCGCGACGGAGGAGAUUCUCGCGUCAGACUACCCCAUCAUCCCUCUACUCUUCAACGCGGCGGGGCCCAAGGCGGGGACGGCCAUGGUGUGCGGGCUGCUCAUCAUCACCUUCUGCGUCGUCGCGGCGUCGCUGGCGUCGGUGUCGAGAAUCACCUGGGCAUGGGCACGGGACGGAGGUUUGCCGCGGUACUUUGCCAGGGUACACCCUAAGCACCGUGUCCCGAUCCGCUCCGUGUGGCUGCCGUGCAUCAUCGUCACCUGCCUGUCGCUAUUCACUGUCGGGAACACGGCCACGGCCACGGUGUUCUCGGCGUUCACGGCGCUCUCUUCCUUGGGCCUGUACAGCUCGUACAUCAUCGCCAUCUCCUGCAUGCUCCACGCGCGCAUGACGGGACGCAUCGGCCACGGUCCCGAGUACCAGGUGCAGUACGGCGGCUGGUCGUUGCCCAAGGGGUGGGGCCUGCCAAUCAAUAUCUACGCGCUUCUAUGGUCGAUGUAUUUGACCGUCUGGCUGCCGUUCCCACAGACCGUGCCUGUCACGGCGACCGAGAUGAACUACGCCGGGCCCAUCUACGUGGUCGCCGUGGUGGGUGCGCUGACGCUGUGGUUCGCCAGGGGCAAGAAGCACUGGCCUGGGUUGAACAAGACGGCCAUCGAGAACGUCGAGGCGUACAAUUAAGGCAGUGUUCUACGAGAGACGCACACGAUUCGAUGCGUAUUUUUCUGUACAUAGCUGGUUCGCCUUGAUACCCCGUAUUAAAG